AUGGUCUCCCAUUGCCACGGACUCACCUUUCUCUGCUUUCUGCUCGGAUUUCAGCAAUCGCUUUCUGCAGUCUUCAUAAAACAGGAGGAGGCCAACAGCAUUUUGCACAGGCAAAAGCGAACCAACCAUUUCUGGGAAGAGUUGAAGGUGGGGUCCCUGGAGCGAGAGUGCAUGGAGGAAAAGUGCUCAUUUGAGGAAGCCAGGGAGAUCUUCAGUACCCCUGAGAGGACCAAGCAGUUCUGGAUUACUUACACCGAUGGAAACCAAUGCGAUUCAAAUCCAUGCCAGAAUGGAGGCACCUGUAUGGACCAGUUGCAGUCUUACAUUUGCUUCUGCCUUGAAGAGUUUGAGGGUCGCAAUUGUGAAAUAGACAAAAACAGCCAGCUGAUCUGCCUGAAUGAAAACGGGGGCUGUGAACAAUACUGCAGCGAUAAUAUAGGGACCAAGCGCUCCUGCCGAUGUCACAAGGGCUACACGCUGAGGACCGACGGAGUGUCCUGUAUGCCCACAGUUGAGUAUCCAUGUGGAAAAAUACCUGUUCUAGAAAAAAGAAAUAACAGCACUCCCCAAGGCCGAAUUGUGGGUGGCAAGUUGUGUCCCAAAGGGCAGUGUCCAUGGCAGGCUGUGCUGCUGGUGAAUGAAGAACUGCUGUGUGGAGGGACGCUGCUUGACGACAUCUGGGUGGUCAGCGCUGCCCACUGUUUUGACAAACUGAACCCAAGAAAACUGAAGACUGUAACAGUGGUAUUAGGCGAGCACGACCUGGAUGUAAAGGAUGGGCAUGAACAAGAGCGGAAAAUUGCUCAAGUCAUGAUCCCUGACAAGUACAUCAAAGGCAAGACCGACCAUGACAUUGCCCUGCUUCGCCUGACCACACCAGUGAACUUCACCGACUACGUGGUGCCUAUCUGUUUGCCUGACAAAACCUUCUCUGAGCAGACAUUGGCCUACAUCCGGUUCUCCACAGUGAGUGGCUGGGGUCAGCUUCUUCACAGGGGCUCCACAUCCCUGGAGCUCAUGGUCAUAGACGUGCCCAGGCUGAUGACCCAGGACUGCAACGAGCAAACAGUAAAGUCAUCCAACACCCCAGUUUUGACUGAGAACAUGUUCUGUGCCGGCUAUCUGGAUGGAACCAAAGAUGCUUGCAAGGGUGACAGUGGAGGCCCACACACUACCAAGUACCAGAAUACAUGGUACCUGACAGGAAUUGUCAGCUGGGGCGAGGGUUGUGCAUCCGUAGGCAACAUUGGUGUGUACACCAGGGUCUCCCAGUACAUUGAAUGGCUGAUCAGGCUCAUGAACUCAGAUUUGACCCCAGGUAACAUCAUACGAUUCCCUCUUCUCUAG